AAUGGAUUAAACAAUCUUGUCAAAAUAAAACAACUACCCUGGUUCUUAUAUAAAGUAAGAUUUGAAGGAAGCUGAAGAAGAACACAAGGCUCAUAAAGAAUUGUAAGAUAAGAAAUAUGGACUAUAUUUUCUAUUGUUUUAAGGAUUAGUUUAUUUGAUUGCGAUAAUCAGUUUUGGAUUUGGGAAUCCUGAUUAAUUAGGGAAACCAUAUGAUACAAAUUGUAUAUUAAUAGUUUUUAUAAGUUUUUAGAGAAUGUAUGUGGAGUGCAUGUAGGGUUGGAAUCAUAUAAAUAUAUAUACUUUACAAAUCCAACGGAUUCAAAACAUUUAGAAAGAACAGUUUGUGUUUAGGAAUGUCCAGUUUUAAAUGUAGAUAAUGAAUCAGAUGGUUCUAUUUUUUAUUAAUACUUUAGAAUCGCUGGAAUUAGAAUGUUACCCAAAUUAAGUAAUCAAUUCGUGCAGAAAUAGACCAUCUAUUGAUGAUCCAACUUAUACAAUGUUAUAUUAUGAUUCUGUACCAUUCAUUGAUAUUUGUCUUCCUAAAAAAAUUAGUUAUUUCAAUAACAUUCAAGAAGGAUUAGAAUAAUCUGGAAUUAUCAGCUUUUUAUCAGAUAUUAGUAAUGGAAAGAUUAUGAUAUUUGCAACUCUGACACUUUGUUUAUUAUUAAAGUAAGAUUUGAUUUAAUAAUUAAUUUAGUUAAUUAUUCUAUUUCUUGAUGAUCAAAUUAUAACAGACUGCUAUAUGGGUGAUUUCAAUCACAUCAAUAUUUGGUCUAUUUUUAUCAGGUUUAUUAGGUCUAAUUUAUUAUUUAAAAUAAUCUUAAUAUACUGAUCUAGCUAAUGGUACUAAAUUGACAGGAGAAUAGGCAAUAGGUAUUAUUUAAGUAGAAGAAUCAAAUAUAACUAUUAUUUUAAUUUCUAGUAUCUUUUUCCUUUUAUGUGGUGUUUAUUUUUUAAUAGAUUUAAUAUUAAAUCGUAAGACAUAUAAGACAAUUGGAAUAAAGAUUUAAAUUGUUAAUUAUUUUUUUGACUUUUCAUCUUCUGGAAUAUAACAAUAAGAGGAUCAACCAUCUAGAUUUAGAGAAAUUUUGAUAUUAUUAAUGGGCAGUGCAGGUUUUUUAUUAAUUUUCUGUGGAUUUUGGGUUUGGAUGGCAACGUAAUAUAAAUUAAUUAUAUUUUAAUAGUAAUCUAUUUUCAAUAGGAAAGGCAGAAUAAGGAUAUUAUGCCUUUAAUACAUUUUAAUUGAGUUGGACAACAUUCAUUAUGGGAUCUAUUCAUAUUUUUGAAUUGAUAAUAGUGACAUUAGCUAUAUUAGGAAGUGAAUAGAUACUAUUAAUAGGAAAAGUAAUUGAAGUGUAUAAACGUAUGGGAAUUUAAAGAUAGAAAAUAGAUUCUCGUGAUUCAGAAUUAUCAUUAAUGGAUAUUUUUGAAAUUUAUGCUUUUAAUAAUUUUGGCUCAGUAGUUUUUGGUGAAGCACUUAUCUUUUUAUUGAUGAUUCCAAGAUUAUUCAUAAGGAUUUAUGUGUGGAUUAGAUAGAAGAGGGAUGCUAAUUUUGAAAUUCCAUCUAAAUUAUCAUAGAUAUUGUGUAUAAAUGAAAGAGCCUAUUUAUUGGCUUAUUUAAGAAAUGAUGAAUUCUUAAUGAGUGCUAAAUCUUAAUAUGUUUUUGAUUAAAAAUUGAAAGAAACAACUAAAGUUCAAUAUCAUGGAGAAUAAUUAUCAGUUACUUAUUGUUUUGCUGUUGCUAAUUUAUGUGUAUCAUUAACAUACAUAUUAAUUAUUACUACAAGUACAACUAUAGGAAUUCAUUAACCAGUUUAUUUCCUUUUAAUUUCAUUCAUUUUUUCAUAUUUUGUAAAUAUUGAUAAAAAUAAAUUUAGAUAUCUGUAAUGUUUUCAACAGUUUAUGGAGCAACAAUAGAUAAUUUGACUAUAUUAUUAUAUAGAGAUACUACAGCUGAUGGUAAAGUAGUUGGAACUUGUGUAAAAAAUAUAGUAAGAUUGAUGAAAGAACCAGAAUUGAAUGAAUAGACUCAUUAAUAAUAAUAAAAUAAUGGAUAAUAAGAUUGAAAA